GGAAGCCGGAGCACCUAGAGGAAAUGCAUCCAGGCAGAACACGUACACUCCGUACAGUUGCCCAAGGCUGGAAUUGAACUCUGGUCCCUGGCACUGAGGCAGCAAUACUAACCACUGCUGCUUUUGAAUCCCUUGAUUCAAUGAAAUAUUCAAGUCGAGUGAUCACUGAAAACACAGUUGUGCGAUGUAAUCGUCCUAAAGUGCCUGCAAAUGGAAAAAUGGUGGCAGGCUUUAAGAAAACGUACACGUAUCUGGACACUAUCACUUAUGGAUGCAACAAAGGUUUUAAAAUGUUUGGCGGAAGUGUCAUUGAAUGUCGUGAAAAUAACACAUUUGUACCUCCUCCACCGACCUGUGAACGUGACUGUGGAAAACCUCCUGUUCUGAAAAAUGGCUCAGCAGUUAAUUCUCCGACUACCUUUCCUGUGGGCACAAAUAUUACUUAUAGGUGUGAUACAGGAUAUGCAUUUCAGGAAGGAGGUUCAAAACGUAUUACCUGCAGGAAAGAUGGAACUUGGUCUCCCCUUCAUGCUGUCUGUGAACCAAUCAACUGUGGCAAUCCUGGAGAGAUUUUGAAUGGAUAUUAUAAUGUAUCAGAUACCACUUUUGGAAAUAAAGCUUAUUUUUAUUGCGAUAAAGGAUUCCGCAUUGUUGGAAAGAACUACCGAACUUGUACAAUUAGGGGCUGGGAUGGACAGGUUCCAACAUGUGAAAUUGUCCAGUGUCCUGAUCCUCCACAUAUUGCUAAUGGGACAGUUUCAUCAUCUGACAGUGACUCCUGGCCAUAUGGAAGUAUAGCAAGAUAUUCAUGUCUUGGGAAUUAUUCACUAAUUGGUGAAGAAACCAUCACCUGUACAGUGACUGGGCAAUGGGAUAAGGAUCCACCAAGAUGUCAAAGUACAGAAUUAUACUUCAGAAUUUUUUAGGGAAAAAUGACUGCAAUCCAAGCUUGUACAUAAUGGGAUUUGAUUGUCUAGCUGUGCAAGCAGAUUCUGGUGUAAUCACUCGCUACAUUACUAGUAAUGCUGUGGUUGUUUCUAAAAAUACAAUCCCUGGUAGUGGUUUUUCUUGUUCAUGAUAAGCAUUCCCACAAACAAUCCCUCUGCCCACCGCAGCGCUCAGGUGGAGCCAGGAUUAUCGCAUACACA